CGGUGAGUCAACAGUGUCGUGCAGUGAAUGAGAUAACGGAUGAUUUUAACAACACUUACACACAUCAUGUGUUAUUACACACACGAUCGAUAUUAUGUUCGAGAUUAACCGAUGCAAUUUGUGUUUAAUCGUGUAAUGUUUUUAUCCACCACCCACGAACGAAAAGAUUAGUUUUCUUGCAAUAACACGUCCUCGUGACCGUUUGUGAUUUAUUUACUGAAUGUCCACGCGCAGCCGCGUAUCGAGCACCUUGCGCGUCAUCUCCAGCGCGUUUAGAGGCGUUUUGCGCGCGGUGUUUAUGUGAACGGGGCCGAUUGUUUUUGUGUGAAAUAUAUAAUGACCAUGUCAGUCCAGGAAAAUACUUCAGGAUCAGGGGAGAAAGAGGAAGAAAGCGAGGAUGAGAGUGAGAUUGUGGAGGAGAGUCCGUGUGGCAGAUGGCAGAAGAGAAAAGAGCAGGUGAGUCAGGGAAAUGUUCCCGGUGUGGAGAGCGCAUCUCUUGCCAUGGACACUGAGGAAGGCGUGGAGGUGGUGUGGAAUGAAGUUCUCUUCCAGGACAAGAAGAUCUUCAAGUCAGUAGAGGACAAAAUGAAGGAGAUGUUUGAGAACCUCAUGCAGGUGGACCACCCCAACAUUGUCAAAUUUCACAAAUACUGGCUAGACAUCGGGGACAACCAUGCACGGGUAGUGUUCAUCACAGAAUACAUGUCAUCUGGCAGCCUCAAGCAGUUUCUGAAGAAGACCAAGAAAAACCACAAGACUAUGAAUGUUAAGGCCUGGAAACGUUGGUGCACACAGAUUCUCUCUGCUCUCAGCUAUCUUCACUCCUGUGAUCCUCCAAUAAUUCAUGGCAACCUCACAUGUGACACCAUCUUCAUUCAGCACAACGGCCUCAUUAAAAUCGGAUCAGUUUGGCAUCGACUCUUUGUGAAUGUGUUUCCAGAAGGAGGCGUCCAUGGCGAGAUUCACCAACAAAGGGUUGAUAAGAAAAACCUGCACUUCUUUCCUCCAGAGUAUGGCUCAUGUGAGGAUGACUAUGCCAUUGACAUCUUCUCCUUUGGGAUUUGUGCAUUAGAGAUGGCUGUGUUGGAGAUCCAAGCCAAUGGGGAUUCUGUUGUGUCUAAGGAGGCCAUAACAAAUGCUGGACAAUCAUUAGAAGAUCCGCUCAUGAGAGAGUUCACUCAGUCCUGUCUGCGUCAUAAUCCCAGGCUCCGCCCAACAGCGCAUGACCUGCUGUUUCACCGCGUGCUAUUUGAGGUGCAUUCCCUGAAGCUGUUGGCCGCUCACUGCCUAAUCAAUAAUCAGUACAUGCUUCCAGAGAACUGUGUUGAAGAGAAGACCAAAGCAUUUGAUCCUAAUGGCGUCCUGGCAGAGAUCAUUCACAACGAUCGUCCCCGCUUUCAGCUCAAGUACUCGAAUGUUUCUCCUCUCGAGCUUGACAAGUUUCUGGAGGAUGUGAAGAAUGGCAUUUACCCGCUGAUGAACUUUGCAUCCACGCGACCGCAUCCCGUACCUCGUGCCCUCUCCAUGUCCCAAGAGCAUAUGGAGACGGUGAAGACCCCAACACCUGAACCUCAAGAGGCGGAGACCAGGAAGGUGGUUCAGAUGCAUUGUAACCUGGAGUCCAAUGAAGAUACAACUAAGAUACACCUCACCCUGUUCUUGAAGUUAGAAGAUAAACUUCAUCGCCAGCUCAGCUGUGAUAUUAUGCCAACUGACAGUUCAAGAGAUUUGGUGAAUGAACUUAUCCAUCAUGCCUUCAUCAGUGAGGAUGACGGUGACAAGAUUGUGACGUUCCUGGAGGAUGCCUUGAGCCACCAUCGUGGGUCAGCAAGUGCCAUAACAACAAUAUGAAAAACAGCAGUCUGCUAUCAUGAAAAUAGACAUUUACAUGCCAGUGGAACCGAGAGGGAGGCCGAGUAAUAGAGGGACAUUAAAAAAAAGAAAGAUCUAGUUUGUUAUGCGUAGCCGGUAGGGAAAUGAACCUGCGGUUGAAUACCGAUGACAGACCAGGUUAGACGCCCCAGAAAUGCCCAUCUAAAAACUCCUUGUCAAGGAAUUCUAGGUGUCCCUGUAGUAACCAUCCCACAACGCCACCGGGUGCCAAGUUUGCCACUACACAACUUUUCCGAAAUCUCUUCUAAAGAGAAUCGUGUGCUUUAGGAAGUGUCCGAUGUGCACACUUUCAACCGGAUCUUCUUCAUUUUACAGCUAUUGCUGUAUAACAUAGUUCUACUUAAAUGUUAUGUUAAAGCUAAAAACAUAAUCGACGCACGUAUGCAUUGUAAGCAUGCAGUCCUGUUGUACUUAAGCUGCAUUGUCGCGUCACCGUGGCAUUUACAAACUUGAAAGGGCGAAAGGUUUACUUCGUCUGUACCGGGUGUUCGUUAUUUUUUAGCUGGUUCGAAUGCAAAAGUUGAACUGACUCAUUCAAUAAUGAGUUGAGCCACACGUGGAAAGCUAUUCGUUGGCAUUCCCGUGCAUCUCGACCGCAGCUGCUUAUGGAUGCCACGGAUUCCCUUGCAAGUUGAAGAUCUGUUAGCCGGCAUUUUUGGCAUUAUCAGUGGCACCUCGAUACUCGUAACGAGGGGGAUUUAAAUGCCUGUGCCAUUUAAUAGGAACGCAACAUGCGUAGUUGGAAGCACUUAAGCUCAAGGUUUUACACAAAGUGUGUUAUGGGCCUGAAAGAGCAUACAUUAAUAAAAUAUGGUAACAUUAUGACUAGUUAUGAUGUUUUUAGCAUGUUUGUUUUCCUACAAUGCUAAAUGUAUGAUAACCAAUGUGAUUUCAGCCAAUUAACAGAAACCGACUGUAGUUUUUGUCUGCAAUGACUUUAUUUGUGCACUACUAUCAGCUACUACAAGAAUGUCUUAAUAUGCAUUCAAAGUGUUUUAAAUGUUGUAUAUAGAGGAAUGUACUGCCUGCUGGUGUCUCUUAAAAAUAAGUUGAUGCAUUUUAUACAAAACCACACGUAGGUUGAUCCUGGUUAGUCAGCCAGCUAACCAAUAGGACAAAUGACCUCUUUGACUACAAACUUUUGGUUGGACUUUUCUGUUCAGUGUCAAACACGUACAUUCUUUGUAAUAGAGAUUUUAAUUAUUAUGAAUAUAAAUAAAUGUAAUAAUAAAAUAACA